CGGUCUUAGCUGAGUGUACGGUUUCCAAUUAUCACCAGAUACGGGAUAGUUUCCAAGAGAAAGGAUGUCAAAAAACUUGCUUCAGAGAUAUUUCUUAGCAAUGAGCGCUCAGGAAUCGAGAAGGGGUCAUUUUCAAAGCCAAUCACAGGGGAAGAAAUUUAGCUCUAUAACCUCCAAGAGUUUUAUGAAGCAGAGUGGAGUAAAGCAAACAAAUGGGAAAUCGUUGAACGUCCAGCUGGAAGAGAAAACCUCCAAACUGUUGACAAAUGCUAUACAAAGUGAUUCAAGGGGAACAAAAUGGGCGAAAAAUCAUGGUAAUGAAUGGCAAGCGAAGCGGAGAACAAGGCCGAGUGGGGUAAGAACAACACGACAAAUCAGGCGAAACGAAAGAGAAAGAGGAAGGAAGGCAAGACUAAAUGCGGCUUUUCAAGUGCUUCGUUCAGUUGUACCAAGUAACGUGAAUUCUUCAGGAGGGGUCAGCGAACGAAAGAUGACUCAAGUUGAAAUCCUACGUCUGGCUAAAACCUAUAUUUCGAACCUUACGGAACUACUCGACAAAAUCAAAGAGGAAGAGAAGUACUCUCUUCGAGCUUUCAAUGCUUAAAUACUUUUAUUGUUAUCGCGAUGAGAUUCCUGUCAUCAUUUUGGUAAUUUGGGUUUUUGAAACGACUCAAAUGCAACGAAAAGCCAGCGAUUAGAAAUUUAGAAAUACAAAAUACUAAAGCAAAUACAUCUCUGGUUAAUUUGGUAGUUUCUGAACGACUGCAACGAGAAACCCUUGAGGUUUCAUUCUUGGCAAUCUAAUUAGCAUGUUGCGAUGUGACAGUUGUAUCUCUUUUUUGUAAAGUGACAAUGAGACAAUAUUGUUUAGAGUGUUUUCUCACAGAAAAAACAAGCUGUGAUAUUUUCCGUUUUGGAGACUUAAACGCUAUGUGACCAAGUGCUUUUUUUACACAUUAUAUUACGUAUCCCAAGCAAAAAAACUGUCAAAAUGAACUACUUGCAAAUAUUACACGCGAAACGCCAAAAGUGCCAUAAAUAAUUGUGUUCGUCCUUGUAUAGUGAAUAGGAGUAAACACUUCUUCAUAAAGUCAAAUGGUUGACAAUGACUUUAAAGGACUUCUACAAUCUGCUUUUGUUCAAUUUCGCUCUAACGAAAUUAACUUUAGAAACAAGAAACGAACUGCACUGCCCUAAGGAAUCGCAUGCUACUUCGCUGAGCUUCGAGUUGGUCUUUCCAGUUGGUCAUGUUUUUUAUAAUUAUUCUAUUAUUCUUUUCAACCGCUUUUGCAGUUAAAAAAAGGUGAUCCACAAUUUAAAAGUCGCGAACAAAGGCUUGAAAUAGAUAGGGCAAGUUUGAAUGGUAACCGGGUGAAAAGAACGUGCUAUUCUAAAGAUUCUGUUAUUCGUGGUUUUGGCGGUCAAUAUCAAUUUAAGAUCAUUGACCGAUUACUGCCAAAAUUGAAUGACGAGCUGGAAGCGAAUUCACCCGAUUAAGCCAAAUUUUUACUUUCGCAACGGGUAGAACCAACAAAAUAUUUUGUUAUCGACAUAGUUGAAAUAAUAGUCAACGGGAAACAUGAGAUUUAAAUGAGUUUAACAAUGCAGUUGACAGGAAUCGCUAGAACUUGUAUUUUCAGAAAGCGUUUGUCUUCAACCAAAUGUCGCUAUCAUCUUUUUAAGAGUCUCUCUUAUUACUUGACACUUAGUUGUCCCCUCAUGAAUUAAAUCUCAAGUUUCCCUUUUCAUAGUUAUCUUCUACUAGAUUUCGUCGUCAGUGCAAUCACAUUCUGGAUAAGAAUAUAUUGGUUUUAGGCGCUUGAAGAUCUACAGACUGAAAACAAAGUUUU